AUGCAAGAAAAGCCGACAACGGUCGCGGCCUACGCGGCCGGGGCCUCACUGGCCGCCGUGGCACUAUUCUACGUCUUCGGACCAAACUACACAAUCGACGGCGAUGAAUCGAACGACAGCAAUCGCAAAAAAAGCAUCGUGGGCCUGUCAAAUUUGGCCAAUGACUGCUUCAUCAAUUCGGUGCUGCAAGCCUUGGCAGGCCUAGGCGAUCUGCGAGUCUACCUGAUCCACGAACUGCACAGGCGCCAACUGGACGGACCGGAGACAUAUCACGCUGUGCCGAGUGACGAUGAGCUCACCGGGGCCCGGGAGGACAAGCUGCGCGAGUUGCAGCAGGGUAUCACCACGAGGGCAUUGAAGGAAAUGUUGGAUCGGUUGAAUGAGCGGCCUAUAUACAAAAAGACGAUUUCGGCGCGUGACUUUAUCCAGGCUUUGGAGUACGCGUUCCGUACGCGUAUUAGUCGCAAUCAGCAGGAUGCGCAGGAGUUCUUGCAGAUUGUUCUUGAGAGAUUGUGUGAUGAGUAUCAUGCGGGUGUGCGCGCUCGGAAGCGAGCUCUUGGUUCUGCGGCUGAGGUGACACUGGGAGAUGCGCGUGAUGGGAGCCCGCUGGAGAGCUCUUCUGAGGUGGAAGUGCGUAUUGAUGAUGGCUCGACUAACGGAUUGCCUGCUAUUAUUGAUACGAAGCUCAAGGAGAUUGACCAGGAGUCUGGUUUCCCCUUUGAAGGCAAGAUGGAGUCUCAGAUUGAGUGUCAGUUCUGUCACUAUCAGUACAAGCCGAAUCAGACGGCUUUUGUGAAUUUGACAUUACAGGUGCCGCAGAAAAGCUCGACUACGCUGAGCUCCUGUUUCGAUGGUCUUCUUAAGACUGAAUAUAUUGAAGAUUUCCGUUGCGAUAAGUGUCGCAUGCAGCAUGCAGUGGAGGUCAAGUCGCAAGAGCUAGCCCGUGCACGAGCCCAAGGCGACAAAGAUCGAUUGGGGCAGGAGAUUGCACGCAUCCGUGAGGCAAUGGAGAUCGACCCUGAAGCCGAGCUCGAGGGGAUCGUGUUUCCUCCGUCCGAGACAGUCCCCAAGCGCCGAAUCGCACGGCAUAUGCGUAUCACGGCGUUCCCAAAGGUCAUCGCUAUCCACCUUUCACGGUCGAUCUUUGACCGGAGCAGCUCAAGCAAGAAUGCCGCCAAAGUCUCGUUCCCUGAGCGGCUUCCUCUGGGCAGCAUCUUAAGCCAGAAGUGGUACAAGCUGCUAGCCAUUGUCUGCCACAAGGGCAGCCACCACAGUGGUCACUACGAAUCCUUCCGGCGCAACCAUAUCUACCCUCCAUUUUCCACACCAGAGGUCUUCAGUUCCUACGCUCAAAGCCGUGCAGCCAGCGAGAACCCCUCGGCCGCCCCAAGCCCGCGUAUCGCGCCACGCAGCAGCCCCGACCCCGACAUCAAUGGAAGCAUCUCCACCACCAACUCAUCGACCUCACUCUCGGGCACCUCAGCCUCCGCAACCCAACUCACACCUCCCCUCCCGCGACCCACGACCUCCAGCUCCCGCCGUUCCUUUCAGAGCACCUCCUCCAAACACGCCUCCCCCUCGGACAGUAACAGCCCAACAGCGGACCAGGGCCGCUGGAGUACAUCUACAUCGGCCCCGCGCCCCUCCCGUAGUAUACCCCGCCCGUCGUUGGAUACUCCCACGGGGGUCAGUUCGCGGCUUCGACGCCGUCGCAAGCCGAUGGAUCGCUGGUGGCGCAUCUCAGAUGAGAAGAUCAAGGAAUGCAAGACUUCUGAUGUGCUGGGCAUGCAGAGGGAAGUCUACCUCUUGUUCUAUGAGUUGGAGAAGCCCGAUCCUUGA